ACAUCUUCCGUGGUUAAAGUUCAAGAACAUGGCGGCCUAUGUGAAAAUGCUCAAUGUUAUAUAGUCAUGCUGGAAUCUGUUGCUUGCUUGUAGUAUAUUCAAUCAUUAAUUAUUUUAGGUUUUAAUUGUAUAGACGCUUACCGUUAAUUAUAACUAUAUAUAAUCUUCAACAUGUUGCGGGCUUUAUCGCGGUGUCAUGAUCCUGUAGUCCGUCUUCUCGCUCCUCGCAAUACAGUUUUGAUCGAAACUGUCAGGGGAAGAAAAUCUCGCACAGACCCCAAAGCGAAGUCAAAAUUGGGCCGAAUCAAGACUCCCCCUCCCGUGGAUCCAGUGGAAAUGGUUGUAUUAAAGGAGCGUUUCACUGAGUACAAUUUGAUCCUAAGAGCCCUGCGACUUGAGUUCAAGGAGCAGGUGUUGAGGAAGAAAUAUGAAGAUGAGGUUGGUUCCGCAGCAGAGGAGAGAAGUAAAAGGGAGGCUGAAGAGCAUCGGUCAUUAAUGGCCUGGAAUGAUGCUGAAAACCUCAGAUUACGUCAAAUACGAGUGCAGCGCGUGCAGAAGGAGACUGAAGCCGCGGAACUGAAGAGGAGAGAAGCAGUCCUCUUACACCAGCAAGAGCUGGAGGACUACAUUAAAGAGAAAGAAAGACAAAUUCUUCAACUACAGGAAGAGGCAAAGGACUUCAUCACAAUGGACAAUCUAGAUGAACGGAUUGAAGAGGCUCUUGACAACCCGAAAAACUACAAUUUUGCCAUUGAUAAAGAAGGACGUGUUGUCAAACGGACAGCGAUACAGUGAUAAAUACACAAUUUAAAGAACAAAAAUACCUAUGUACAUAAAAUAUACACUGUCAGUGAUAUGGUUUAAA